UGUCAUUAGUCCCUAUGUUCUGCUUUCAUUUGCACUCGAUUCAGUACUUCAAAGUGUCCAUUAAUUCUCCAAGCAGCAAAUUCAUCGGAGCUAGAUGUGACAGUUAUGAAGAUUUUAAGUCGGGGGCAUGUCAACGGUGUUGCCGGGACAACUCAACAGAAUGCGCUGUUGCAGGAAUGGAUGCAGAAUAUUAUUAUCCCAUGGAUCAACCCAGAGAAAAAAGAAAAUAUUAUUUCGACACGGAAAUCAUUUGUCCUUAUAACGAAAAAUAUGACUUCAGCAUUUUUAAAGACUGUGAAGACAACGAGGACUGUGAAGACAGUGAAGAAGACGAGGGCCCAAUUGAAAAAGUUGGAGAAUUGCUUUUAUAAUGUAUUGUGUUACAGUUUAACAUUUUACAGAACGUUACUUUAAGGUUGUCUCAAGUUGGUAUAAAAAAGCGCAAAACAAU